CUUUCGAGUGCGUGGAGGGAGUUCCCAAAGUUUUCAAAGACACUAUAGUUCAGAAUCUGUUUGUAAGGACUCAAAUUGCUGCUUGAGAUGCAAACUCACGCGUGGGAUGUUCCAGGAGCUGAGGUGUGAACUUGAGAAGAGAAGAGAAGAGAAGAGAAGAGAAGAGAAGAGAAGAGAAGAGAAGAGAAGAGAAGAGAAGAGAAGAGAAGAGAAGAGAAGAGAAGAGAAGAGAAGAGAAGAGAAGAGAAGAGAAGAGAAGAGAAGAGAAGAGAAGAGAAGAAAAAGAAUGGGAUAAAUAAAGAAAAAGAUGGAAAAGGCCAGACCUAAACUUCCAGUUGGGAAGAUGGACUGAGGAGACCCAGAGAGACGUGGAGGACUAAUCAGCAGAUGGACAUGUGCAGAGAGCGACUCAGCGUGGGAUGGCUGCUACGUCUGGGCUUGGUGCUCACCGCCGUGUGUCUGUGCAUUCUUAUUUACCUGGACGCACGUUGGCAGGCUGCUCUUGCACCCCUGGUUCUAGGAGGUCCAACCCAAUCUAAUAAGAGUCAAAAAAGCAGACUGAAACCGGGUUCUGCAGAAGCACAUGAGCAGGACACAGGCGUCAAAAGGGAACUCUCAUAUGCUCACACACUGGACGGUUCGACAAAGUGCUGCCCACCUCUUCACCCACACAAAAAGACUCCACGGUGGCGGAUAGAGCUGCAGCCUUGGGCCAGCGAGAAUCAGUCCCUGGAGGAUGAAGCUAAAAGGUUCCUCAGAUACAUCACCACCCCACAAGUGUCGUGUGCAUCAUUACCUGAUAAGAAAGCUGCUCAGGAAGGAUCCGCUGGCGGCUGGGCUGUAUGCCUGCAUCCUAAGUAUAGUCUAAUCCACAGGAUACGGAGUAAACGCUGCAGGGUCUACUCUUUUGGGCUGGGAGUAGACGAUUGGUCCCUGGAGCGUUUUCUCGCCGGAUCAGGGUGUGAGGUCCACGGCUUUGAUCCCAGCCUGAAGCAGCUUCACCUACAAGAAGCUGGAAUGUGGCUCCAUCGGCUCUCCCUGGACUGGAGAGAUCCCAACCCCGCCGUUGUCGCCCAGCGUCAGUAUGCGAACAGCAAGAAAAUGGCCACCAUCCUGAAUGACUUUGGGCACAGAGAGGUGGAUGUCAUAAAAGCAGACAUGGAGAGCGCAGAGUGGAAGAUUCUGGAGAAUCUGAUCCUAGAAGGAGUUCUGGACUCGGUGGGCCAGCUGCUGUUGGAAAUCCACCUGCACUGGGCGGGGUUCGAGGUGGGCGGAGAUGACCCGUCCGUGGUGCGGUACUGGUUCAGCGUCCUCAAGGAGCUGGAACGGGCCAACUUCCUGCUCUUCCACGCCCACAGAAACCCAUCCAAACCUCAGCUGUUUCUACACAAACACGUCCUCAACGCCAGCAGCGCUUACACCUUGAGCUGGGUGAAUGCUCAGUGGAAGUCUUGAAGGAUGCGGGAGAAAACAUGGAAAUAGUAACGGCCAACGUGACUUUGACCGGUGAGCAGAACUCCUCAGAGCUUUCUCAUCGGGCCUGACCUUCUCACAAAGCUCCCUGCUCCUACUUAGACUGCAGCUCAUCGCCCCGAGGCCGGCAAUGACCCGAGCGGUGUAGAGGGACAGAAUAAUCGCUCCUGAGGCUCCGUGGUUUAUUCUCAUAGUGGCUGUAUUUGUGGCUGCAGGUCAGUAUGAUUCAGUCGGAAUCAUCACAGCACUCUGAGCCUGCCCCAAAGCCCCACAGCUUCUUGAAAGAAAAAAGAAAAUAAAGAAGAAAAACCCACUAAGAGAGCAUAUCCCUUGCAACCCUUUAAGUUCAAAGUAAUCCUGGUCGGUAUCAAAUUUUAAUGUGCUCUCUGGUGCAUCUCAGCUUGGUGAUUCUGCCUUUCUGCUCAUAAACCGAUCAGCAUUAUAAGUGCGGCAGCAGCAGCAAAUCAGACCUGAUCUAAUUAUGUAACACCAGCCUGAAAACUUCCCUGUGUCAAUUUGACAAAUCACUUGAAAAAGAGGAUUUCUUCUCAUGUUUUUUUGUUGAACUAUGAAUAAAGACUUUCCCAAUGAAACAAUGCUCCAAUUUCAUUAAACAGUAAUAUGUACAGAAGGUUUAUUUCCACAGUCAUAUCACUGAAAAACUUUACCUUCUUUAUAGAUUGAUGACAUCUAAAGUGUACUGCACAAGACUUUUAAAAAAAAAACAAAAAAAAAAAGUAUCCUCCAAUUCUCCUUUUGCAGUUGAGACAAUGUUUAAAAUUAGCAUGUGUACACGUUCUAAUUCUCAUUACAGGAUAAAAAAAUACACUUUUCCAAUAAGACUGGAUACCAGUCCUUUGGC